UGCAAGCUGCGCAGCACUGUCCAAGAAUCUCUCCUCUCAGUCUCACUCACAAAACCGCCAUGGAUUUGCUCUCAAUCUCUGCUUCUUACCCUUCAACUUCGCUUCCAUCUCGUUCGUGCAUUCGCACCCUUUUUUCAAAGACACCCAUUUCCUCAUUCAACCCCAAAACCUAUAUUCCCUCACCAUGUUUCAAAUCUUGCAUAACCCCAGUAAGGUGUGUCCUCUCCACCUCACCAAAACCCUCCAAAAAUUCAAACUUUGGGUCCGAACUUGGAAAACCCAGUAUCACUUUUAAGCUUUCUUCGCCUCAGACGCCUGCCACCGCCAUGAGAGGGGCUGAAACCGAUGCCAUGGGGCUGUUGUUGAGGGAGAGGAUCGUGUUCUUGGGGAGCAGCAUCGAUGAUUUUGUGGCUGAUGCUAUUAUGAGCCAGUUGCUGCUCUUGGAUGCUCAGGAUCCCACUAAAGAUAUCAGGCUCUUCAUCAAUUCCCCUGGUGGUUCUCUCAGUGCUACAAUGGCUAUCUAUGAUGCCGUACAGCUUGUGAGGGCUGAUGUUUCCACAGUUGCACUCGGAAUUGCAGCAUCAACUGCUUCCGUGAUCCUUGGUGGUGGCACCAAAGGCAAGCGCUUUGCUAUGCCCAAUACACGAAUUAUGAUUCAUCAACCUCUUGGAGGUGCUAGUGGACAAGCUAUAGACGUAGAAAUUCAGGCUAAAGAAGUUAUGCACAACAAGAAUAAUAUCACAAGAAUCAUAUCAGGCUUCACUGGUCGCUCAUUUGAACAAGUCCAGAAAGAUAUUGAUAGGGAUAGAUACAUGUCUCCAAUUGAAGCUGUUGAAUAUGGAAUUAUUGAUGGUGUAAUAGAUAGAGAUAGCAUCAUCCCUCUUGAGCCAGUACCAGAAAGGGUGAAAGCAACUCUAAACUAUGAAGAAAUGAGUAAAGACCCUAAGAAAUUCCUAAACCCAGAUAUCCCUGAUGAUGAGAUAUACUAGCUUUAAAUUGUUGAUAAUGUUACAUCCUCUUAACUGUUUUGAGAUUCCCUUAUGGUGUUAGCACUAUACAACAUUUUGGGUAAAGCCGGAUGAUGCUGUAACAAACUCUGAAAGAUGUAGGAUUGUUUUUUGUAUGUGUGAAUUAAGAAUUGUAAUCCAGUUAUGGGAAAUUUGUUGGUUAUA